UAGUUGCGGCUAUUGUUGUUGUUUGAGGAGCUAACUUUUUAUUUACUAGAGCUGCUCCGGUGCUUCUCCUGCUCAUUCUCCUCCCUCUCCCUCUCCCUCUCCCUCUCCUUCCCCAGCCAGACUCGCUGACCUCCUGUAUAAAACGUGGCUGACCGCCCAGCGCAGAAAGCAGCUCUGCUUCUGAUCCCCUCCAAGCCUCAGCUAGCCUCUGCUAGCUAGCGCGUCCAACGGAGGGCUAACGGCUAGCAGAGAAGCAGUGAUGGAGUGGCGGGGCACCGGAGCCUCGUUUUACCCCGUGGAGGAGUCCGGCGGUGACCCAGCUUCAGCAGCCAGGGACCAAGGGGGUGUUUACCACCACCAGCAGACACCAUCAUCACAGCUUUGUGACUGUCCAAUGGCGUCUCUGUGCCAGAGCCAGCAGCGCUGUGUUAAGGCCUCAAUUGUCUCCAGCUGGAGACUGGCUGAGGCGCAGGAACAGCUGUGUUCUCUUGGGGUCCACAGCUCAGAGUCCCUGGAGCAGGAGCGUGCUCGGACACUGGCCUGUCCCACAGAGCUCACACACACGGAGGAGGAGUGGCGCCGCAAGGAGAGCAUGCUGGGAGGUCAAGAACCAAGCCGCAGUGCUGUGCUCGGAGCUGUCGGAAGUUGGGAUGUAUUUGAUAAGAGUAUAAUUAAUGCCCAACUUCAGCCUGUUGACAUGGACCAGGACAAAUGCAAUACGUUUCUCCAAACGUAUGAGAAUGAGCUCCGGCAUUUUGGAAUGUUGAGGAGAUGGGACGACAGUCAGCGAUUCCUUGCACACAUGCCUCAGCUCAUCUGUGAGGAAACAGCCAACUAUUUAAUACUGUGGUGCAUGAGACUACAGCAAGAAGGGAAGGAGGCGCUGAUGGAGCAGGUGGCGCACCAAGCUGUCGUCAUGCAGUUCAUCCUGGAGAUGGCCCUGAACUCUCAGCAGGAUCCCAGAGGCUGCUUCAGGCAGUUCUUCCACAAAGCCAAAGAAGGACAAGAGGUUUACUUAGAAGUCUUCCAUACAGAGCUCGAGGCCUUCAAACACAGAGUUAAAGAAUAUGCAGUGAAUUAUAGAGGUGAUACCCCGAACAACAGUGAACUACAGAGCAGUGGCACAAACUGCAGACUUGACCCCAAAGACUCCUUGGACUCUCCAGUGACAGAGUACCCAAUGAAGCGUUGUUUAAAGGCAGGGCUGUGGACAAGCACAGAAAAGUGGACAAAGGAUGAUGCCACAGAAACAGAGGACAUACGCAUGAUGGAGACCUCCUAGUGUUUGGAUCCAGCUUUUCUUCCAUCUCCAUCGUCUCCCUGUCCAGGAACAAGAGUUUUAAGCCCUCCUUCGACAGCAGAGCAAGCUCGAAAACAGCAAUACAGAGCAGGAGUUAACGGAGACAUGAUCAGUAUUUUAUUUUUCAGUGCAGAAAAUAAUGUUUUACUGAUGACAGGCUUCCUGUUAGCACAUCCCAGGCGUCUGGCUAUUGGCUCUUGCAGUGUCCCUUGCCCGCUAAACGUAUGCGUUGCUCAAUAACACUGGUUUUACAGCCCUCUCAUUAUCUAGCUGGUUAUUGGCUGGACUGGCCACGGUCCAAUGCAUCAUCUGUGAGUGAGGGAUAGAGAUAAGUAUGUGAUCAAGUCACACCAUUGGUUGGCAGGCUGAGUUUUUGAAGUUUCCUCAUUGGCUGCUUCUGAGAAUUGUUUCUGCAACACACUUGGCACCUUCUUUGUCAUAACAGCAAGUAGUGACGAAUCUAGGCGACUUCUCGGUCAAACCACGGUUACUUGCCCCAGAGGAGAGCUGCCAGUGUUGACCUAUGGGUUGACCUGCAUCUGCUCUGUUGAGUGGGUGGCAGAGAGGAGCAGCAGUUUUAUACCCAGGCCAGAGGGUGUGUGGUGUGUGGUGUGUAAGAGAUAAAAGCUGCAUUUAAGCUGCACUGCAACCCUGUACAUUUUCCAGAGAAGCUAAAAGCAAAUGUCUGAAUCAGUCGAACCGGACGUUAAAACCAAUUUUACACGAUAGUAAAAAGUCUGCGUAAUGCGUGACUGAGCCGAUGAGCAACAGAUAAAGAACUGAAAGCAGCUGACACUUGGCACAAUAAAAAUAUAUUACACAAUGACGUCAUGAUUAAUUAGUGUUCCACAACAGUUUUAUAACUACGUCCACAGACUCUGGCCUCACAUCUUUUUUUUUUUUUUUGGAUUUGUUUUACACAGGACUUUUAUUUUUUAUUUUUAAAGUGGCCCACUACAGCUGAAUUUGCAGACCUCAUGCUAAUCUGCAGUAUGAAUGUAUUUAAUGUCUGAAUCUCUGACAUGAACAGGCAGUAAAGAUGCUCCAGUUGUGGUUACCUGGAUGUUCCCUCCCCAGCCUUUUUCAAUUUAAGAUACUAGAAUGAAAGUACAGUUAGUUAUAGAUCAACUCUUCUGGAGUGGGUCACACAAAGGCUUUGGCUCGUUCAGGAUCCCAACUGAUCUGCAUGUUAAGGAGUUGCACACAAUCUCAUAGGUCUCUCAGGCUCACAGUUGGAGGAGGAUCUAAAAUGCAGUAUGAGUGGGUGGCACAGGUCACUCUGUUUAAAACAGAAGAUGAUAAUGUUUGGUGUAAAUGUUUCAGAGCAGCUACAUGUAAGUGUUUGUUGCUACAGAUCCAGUGUCAGCAUUUACUGCUAUUCACCGGCGAGUUUAGCUGAAACGCUGCAAAUUCAAACCUUCAAACUUGUUGGAACGGUGGAAAGCACCGACACGUUAGCUCUUGGUUUGCUUCUCUGUGUAUCACCACCUAGCUCCCACUGACGUUAGCAUGCUAACCAGCUAGCUCAGACCCCUGCCAGCGACUCCCUGUAGCAUCCAGUGUCCAGAAGAAGUAUCGCUAAAGGAUUUUACAAGCCCCCAUCACCACCACCCGCUUCCUGCAGGAAAAUCACAUGUUGCACAUUUAACUUUUACUUGGCUCUUGUCGUAGACCUUUUAUUUUGUCAACACCUGCUGCAGUUCUUUCUUUUUAGCCAGAAACGUUACAAAGAGCCGCCGGACUUGUUGCUCAAAGUGAAGCAAGAGCACCAACGGUGAAUUAAAUUGAUGGUUUAUCUUACAACACGGUGUGGCCUUGCAUGGUUUGCUCUGAACUCUUUGCUAAUUUGCUGUCUUUGUUUUAUGGAGAGUUUUAAUGUUUAAGGUUCUUCCUAGUGUUGUCUGGAGAGGCUUAAGACAUUAUAAAGUGAAUCAUUAAUCCAACUUAAAGCUUGUUUACAUCUGCCAUUAACGUGCAUCUGUGGCUUUCAGAUUUUAUUUAGAAAGUGUGUAGGAAACAUUUAAAUUGUGUAUUUUUCACUCUAUAAACACAAUUGUAUUCCUUAUAAUACAAUUAUACAGUUAUAAGGCAAUUUCAAACACUACACUUAAGACAGCAUUGCACUCUAUUUGUUAGAAGUGUGAAAGUUUAUGUUUGAUACAACAUGAUAACCCAGCAUUUAUUACAUGCCAAGUUCAGAUUUUGAUGCACAUAAAUACAUAAUGUGGAACGAGAUCAACCCAAUUCUAGUUGUAAGUGAUGAUGAAUGAUUCACAUCCAGGUACUAUCUGUGUGCCAGAGGCAUGUUAAUGGAAGGUGUAAAGAGAGCACUGCAUUUGUCACAUACUUUAUCAGUUUAAUAAUUCUCCUGUGGAAAUUAUUAAACAUCUUAUUUUCAUAUUUCUGCUGAGGCACAGGUGAUCUAAUUUAACCUUGACUACACUAGAUAAAGUAGAAAACAUGCCAAAUUCUCUGUUUUAUUUUCCUAGGUCUGUGUGGGCUUUGUGUAUUUAUAUUUGUGUUGUUCAGUUAUGUUCUAGAGUAAAACUUACUUGUAUAUUCUGUACCAGCUUGCUGUCUUUUACCCAGCAUCCGAAACAGAUUCGCAACCACAAUUGUACAAAGUGCUCUGUGCAGACUGCUGUCAGUGUGUGUGUGGUUUGAGCUGGAGUAUGAAGGGGAGGAAAAAAGGGCUGUGUUCUCGACCGAGAGACUUUUACUGUAUAUAUGUGUGAGGAGGAAGCUCUCUGCAUCUGAAUGUCCUGCACUUUAAAAAUUAGCAGUUUUUACUUUUGUCUUUCAUUUUUGUUGCGCUCCCAAUCAUCUAUAAUUGAAUCAGAAACUCAGAACAUCUUUUAUUUUACAAGUAAAGCUUUGACAAGCUUGUGGUUUGAAUGUGUUAUUUUUUUUGAGUUUUACCUUGAGAUUUUACUGUCUUCACUUUGUUCACGGGAGCUUUUGUCACAUUCAUUAGGCUUCCAAGGAACUGUCCCUUCAACAAUCCUACUCUUAAUUUGACAAGACAAAAUAGCAAAUACAAUAAGAUUUUUACAAGACUGCGACAUUAGGAAUAACUUCCGAUGCAUUGAAGUACAACUCAUCCUAUGCUUCUGUGUGAUGCAUCGUUGAUCCUGCAGUGAAACAUGUGAAAAGCGCUAUAAAUACUGUCAACGCAAACAGGUAACGUGAGCAGUGAUGUUAAAACCAUGUGCUGUAGUGGACUUUGAUGUUUUUUGUUUCUUUCUACAUGGUCCACAUUGACUAGUCAACUAUGCAAAACAACUGUUGGGCUUAAACUGCUGUACUUAACCUGUGGCCAGUGUCUCUGGAGUCUUUCUACAGUAUAUCCUGUGGGUUUGACGUUAUCAGCACAAAGUGUGAAUUUGGUAUCUGUAUCUCUGUCAGUCGGCGCUAAGCUUUGAGGAAAAAACUCGGUGUAACAUUUGUUCACUGACAGCUGGCAGCAGUGAGACUUUGCUUCUUGUUCCACUGUAAGAAACUCAAAUAUAAAACCACCAGUGCUAAAUAUUCUUAUCUUGCUGUCAACUGCUACAGUUCUUUGUGGACCUGCUGCAAAAACAAUUCAAUGGAGCUGGCAUUUAAAACGUGAGGAAUUGAAAUGGCUGUAUAACUUCAUGUCUCAACUGAUUGUCAAGUUGUAUCGUGGGUAAUGUAGGCUCCAGGUUUUGAUAAAGACAAAUCUGUGAAAUAAAUAAAUAUAUGGAUCUGCG